AUGGUUCUUCCUGCCGCAUUGCUUCUGGUCGAGAAAUUUGCUGGAGAAUAUGCUAAAACCACAUCGUUCUAUGAAAACGACCAAUACUGUUACAUCACAAGUGACUUUGACACUUAUCUUCUGGAAUACAUCUGCGGGCUGAUCUUGCCGAUUAGUGCAGUUAUAGCAUUCAACACAGUAAUCUUUGCAAAAGUUAUCAAAAGGCUGUUCUUUGUACGUACAUCCGUGACAAGAAAAAAGAUGUCCGAACAUUCUCAUCACGAGAGAAAGAAGCGGGUUACCAACGCCAUUGCGAUAGCUCUGCUGCUCGGCCUGACUUGGGUUUUUGGAUUUCUAUCGUUUGAUUUCCCGGGAAAUAUUGUUUUUCUUUCUCUGUUCUGCUUUUUCAACGCAUUCCAGGGUGUUGCUAUCUUCUACCUGUUCUGUAUCAGACAGGACGAAUGUAGAAACGUUUGGAAAAUGUGGCUGAGAAAAUGCAGACGAGAGAAACCGCAUAAUCGUGUAAGCCCUAUAAAAGGAAAUGUAUCAAUGACCAUGUCACGUCGUAAGUCGAUUCAUAUUAUUCCUACCGAUAUGACGGAGACAGUGGUCCACUCUCAGAUGGACCCUCUUGUCCGGCCUCCGAUGGCCCCCUUGGAUAGGAAAGUACUUCAGAACAAUUUCUUUAACUGAUGAUUAUUCAAACUAAAUGACCAGGGGUGGGGGAAGGAAUGUACUUUAAGCUUUAACAAAACCAACGCUCAGCGAUGAUUUUCUCCUUCAUUUUUCUUUAUGACGUUGAUCUAAUCUUUAAACAGGCGCGGAUACAGAGUUUACCCUGAUUAUCGCACAGAUGGGGUCCCAGGUUGGCGUGGUCAUGAGAAGAAAUGGUAAUAUUUGAUUGUUCUCAAAGACAAAUUAUAGACGUUGAGUCCUCGUUUUAAAAAUGCUUGGAAAUGCAAGUUCGUGCAUUAUGAGACGUCUAUUAAUGAGUGAAUAUACUCUGAAUCCACAGUUGUUCCUUACUCUGCUAUGGACAAUUAAUAAUUAUGAUAGAUGAAGAUGGUAGCUAUGGGAUGACAGGCUCCCGUACAAGAUUAUUAAUUAACAGACCCUUUAAUGUGGAAAAUACAACCGAGACCCGAAGCCUGAGUUGGGUGCCUGGCAGUGGCGGCGCAAGCGGGGGAGGGGAGUGGUCUUAACUCCCUAUCGACCCCGCCAAUCAAUUGAGAGCUCUUCGAGCAGUGGGACCAAACAAAAAAAGAUUGUCUCACUCAGCCGCCCCUGUCAGACAGCUGAAUAUAGGCCUAUCCUAUAGCAGCACCCACUGUGUCUGGCGACAUUUUAUCGUCGUCGUCACAUUUUCAAUGUACACAUAGCAACAGUAAUUCUUACAAUUUAGAUCAUAUAAGCUUACAUUUUCGAC